CGAAUUAGAAAUGAUGGUAACUGAUUAACUUGAAUUCAUCUUAACCAAAUUCGGCACUUAUGUACAUAUAUCUAAAUAGUUUUGAGGUGGCAUGUUUUUAAGUAAAAUGAAAAUGUCAUUCGAAAACAUCUUAAACUAUAAAGAAAUGUCCCUCGGGCUUUUCAACACAAAGUCAACGUACCAAGAUGACUUUAUUGUUCAUCCAAUUCGACCACUGAGCAUGAAAUCAAAGCCAAAAUUCGAUGACCCGCAAAGAAAGAUGGAACUCGGAGCAGUCGUCCAAAAGGAUGUUUCAACCAUGAAGAACUUUCAUCCCGACGUUUAUGUCCCAUUCGAUCUAUUUUUUCGACCAAAAGGAUGUGUAACAACGAACCCAUUCAAGGAGGUUACCUACAAGCGAAAGGACAAAUCGAAUGAAUUCGCUGAGCGACUCCAAGCACGGAAAACUCGCCCACGUAUCUUUAUGAUUCCGCAAAUAAGUCUGGAUGACGUCGAUCAGGACCUGAUGUAUAGGAAAGGUGGACUCGUUGACAAUAUUUACACAUCGAAUUGGAAAAUAUCUACCGAGUUCGUCCAUGAUGGUUCGAACAAAAAUGUGAUUGACGUACCUCCAAAUUAUAAACCAAAGGAAGUAGGGUUCCAUACGAAGCAAUUUUGCACAGAAAUUGAGCCUGGCAUGCAGAAAUAUAGUGACGAGUGGGAUAGCUAUCAGUUGCGAGCUGCUACCGAUCCAACAGAAUUAUUUUGGACUAAGCAUGACCAACUGGGAACGUGUUCGAUAUGCAAGCCGAAAGAUGAAGAAAAAUUAACCGAAAAAGAAAGUGCUGAAAUUACGGAAUGCUUGGCCAGUGACAGUUUGCGACUACCGUAUCAACUGAAAAUGCCGGGAUAUGGUGGAUAUGUACCUGAAAUACCGACCAACGUUAAGCCAAGGAAAACUAUGUUCAGUCGUACAGAACCGUGGUUGUCAACUACUAUGGAGGCUCAAGGUGUUUAUAAGAAAAUUUGAUCGUAUUAGGUAAUGUAGGGAUUUAGAAACAAACAACAACA